AUGACUUUAAUCCCUCUCUCACGUCAAGUCGAUGGCAGACCAAACCGGCGUAAUGCUCUGCAUACCAUGAGCGUGCCCCGUCAUCACCAGCGUCGUGGCAUCUGCAGAUGUCCAGGUGAUAUCGUUUCGUUCAUCUCGUCUGUGAGUACCUACAAAGACUUCUCUAUGAAGGACGCCUAUCAUCCGCCCUCAGAAUGUGACUGGAUCAGCGGAAGAACCCUGCAGCUAUUUGCCCAAACGGCUCGAGCCACGUCCCGCAACCAGGCUUCCUUCCGCCGACUUCGAAAGCUGACAGCAAACUGCCAAGUCAGUGGUGAGCUCUCGAUAAUCUGUGAUUGCGUUCGCGAUGUGCAUGGUGGCUUUACUGCUGACAAUUCGACCAAGGUUGAUAGCCGGCGUGAGCACUUCGAGCACACUCUCAACGUUGAUGAGAAACCCAUCACAUCCUCCCUCUCCUCAGCAGCGCAGGCUCAACCCUCCCCAGCCUAUGCAGUGUCGUAUGACCUCCAUUCUAAAGAAGAAGCUGUAGAUGCAAAACAGAUGCUGCAUAACAACAAGACACCCGGAGAGGACGGUAUUCCCAGUGAAAUCUACAAGUCUGGUAUCGACAAUCUGGCUCCUUGGCCCCAUAAGAUGAUUGGACAAGUGUGGAGAAACGAGGCCGUUCCUAUUCACUGGGGCUCAUGCAUUCUUGUACCUGUCUACAAGAAGGAAGAUAAAACAAGAUACAAUAACUACUGA